AUGAAUGUUGUUAUUUAUAAUGCCAUUCAUAUGAUUGGUUUAUAUUUCUUAUUUUAUUGGAUGAUAUUGAAAAUAUAUAGGACUUAUUAUCGUUUAGAAGCUAAAAGUACGACAUUAAUAUAUAUUUAUUCUUUAAUAAUUAAUCAAAAUCUAUGCAUAUACAAUAGUCCUGGCUUGAUUCAUUUCAGGAAUUAAUUGAAUAGAAGCUAAUAUAGCUUAUAGAUAUGA